GCCCUGCGUCGCCCAACGUCGCACAAGGCAUCACCCAUAGUCCAUGUCCACGACUGCCCUAACCGAGACGGUUUUUGCCCUAAUCCCCACUAUCUUCUUCGGGUGAGAAUCUUACCGCUAUGGACGUCAAGCGGGCUGCUCGCAAUUCCGCCGCUGCCGCCGCGAACGCCGCCGCCAUAGCCGCCACCGCCGCCACUGCCGUCUCUGCCUCCAUUUCUGCUGCUGCUCCAGCCUCGGCUACCCCUUUCCCGCCUCCGAGCAUCCUCGCCGCGAACCCCGUCGUUCCCCCGUCCACGUCAGCAACCGGAGCCGCGCCGCUCUCGUCUAAUCCUGCGCGUCGACCAACGAACGGCUCAGAUCGAAGCAAAAGCUCAGAUCGCAGCAAAGACCGGCAUAAGAAAGCAUCAGGCGGGAAGAACACGAUGAUUAGGUUAAACCCGGAUACUGCGGACCGCUUUUUCCGGCUCCAGCAGCUACUAGGGAGGCGUAAGAUCAAACGCGCGUCGGCGUCUAGUGUAGUCAAUUGGUUAAUCGACUCGUCGAAUCACAUAUUAACCGCACUUAUUGAUGGAUCCCUGAAUAUAGGAGACGUUGCCGAGGACGCUAGAAACGCGGAUAUUUCGGCAGGAGCCGGCGGAGCUGGCGGGAGCAGAAUAAGGGGAGCCAUCGCUGGGGGUGGCGGGUUGGGGGGAAGCAGGUUGGCGGAGUUAGAGGCUGCGCUGAAGGCGCUAGGCGCUGCAGAGGCGCAGGCGCAGGGGGAGGAGAUGCUGCUUGACUGUGAAACUGGAGCUGUAGCAGGAGACUCUACAGCAGCAGCUGGUGCUGUGGCAGGUGGCGUGAAAGUAACAGAGGUGAGUAUUGCGAGGGCUACAGCACCUGUAACACUAGCACCUGUAGCACUAGCACCUGUAGCACCAGCAGCAGCAGCAGCAGCAGCAGCAGGGGGCAUGUCAGGGCCUGUGGCAGGAGGAGCUGUAGGAGAGGCGGCUACAACCGCGGUCAGGCCAGCAGCAUCUGUAGCAGGAGGGGCUGUAGCAGGAGGGGCUGUAGCGGCAGAAGCAGCAGCGAGGGGCAUUUCAGGGCCUGUGCCAGGAGGAGCUAUAGCAAAAGCGGCAACAACGGCGGGAACAGGAGAAGGGAUUCAGGUCACAGGAGCUGUAGCUGGGCCAGCUGUAGCAGCAGUUGCUGUAGCAGGAGAGAUCGUGGCAGUAGGAGAUGUAGCAGGAACUGUUUCUGGGGUGGCUGUAGCAGGAGGCGCUGUAGCAGGAAGAGCUGUAGCAGGAGGAGCAGGAGGAGCUGUAUCAGGAAGAUCUUUAGGAGGAGGAGCUGUAGCAGGAGGAGUCGUGGGUGUACCUGCAGCUUCGGUUGUAGCAGUAAGGGCUGCUGGGGAAACUAGCAAAGCAGGGACUGUAGCAGGAGGGGGGCCAAAGAAAGGAACCAGCGUGGGUGUGCCUGCAGUGCCAGCUGUAGCAGGGACUCGGACACAAGCUGUAGCAGGAACAGGAGUGGAUGUAGCAAGAGGGUUCAAGGCAGGAAUCAGCGUGGGUAUGACUGCAACAACAGCUGUAGCAGGAACAAGAGAGCUUGUGCCAAGGGAAGGGGCUGUAGCAGGAACACAGGCUGGGGUAUCAGCAGGGGACGGAAUACAACGAGAGGCUGUAGCAAGAUCAGGAGUUGUAGCAGGAGCGGCCAGGUAUAGGUUGCAAGGAACUGCGCCUUCAGUGUCGUUUAUGCAGACCUUCCAACAGCAGCUACAGCCGCCACAGCUACAGCCGCCACAAUUACAGCCAGUGCAGCUACGGCCAGUGCGGCUACAGCCGGUGCAGCUACAGCCACCACAGAUGCAACAGCCACGAUUACCACAACCACAGAAGCUACAGCAGCAGCAGCAGCAGCAGGCACAUUCGCAGCAUUUGCAGCAGCAACAACCGCGGGUUCGGCAUCACGUGCAAGGGCUGGGACAGCAGCAGCAGCAGCAGCAGCAGCAGCAGCAGCAGCAGAAGGCUGUUGCUGCUGCUGCUGCUGCUGUCAGUAACCCUGUUGCGGCAGUCCUUAACUUGGCCACUUCUCGUGCCACUGCCACUGCCACUGCUGCUGUUCCUGCUGCUGCCACUGCUGCUCCUGGUAGGGCUGCUCCGUCUCCUGCUGCUGCUGCUCUGUCCCCUGCUGCUGUUCCUGGUGCGGCUGCUGCUGGUCUUGCCACUGUGACUCGUCCUGCUUCUUCCACGGCCUCCCAUCUGUCUGAAGCCCAACGCCUGCAGCAGCAGCAGCAGCAGCAGCAACAGCAGCAGCAGAAGCAAGCAGUUAAUGCAGUGGCCACAAGUAGUGCAGCGAAACCACAUCCAGUGCAAAUCUGGACGAAGACCACAGAGUCAGCAGCUGCAGAAGCAGCAGCAGCAACAACAUCAACAGCAGUAAGAGCAGCAACAAUAGUAGCAGCUCAAGCAGAAGCACCAGCACCAGCAGCGACAGCCCUAGCAGUGGCACCAGCUAAAGAACCGGUGCAACCCACUGCAGGGGAUACAGCCUCACGCGGAGCAGCAGGGGAUGCAGCCUCAGCAGUGGCAGAAGCAGCGUCCGAGGAGGCGGCGGCAGCAGCAGCAGCAGCAGCAGCAGCCAAAUCAAAUGCAGCAGCAGAGGCAGGUGCAGGAAAAGGAAGGGGGGCUAGUGUCUCUGAACUUGUGCCGUCGCCUCAGACUGAUUUGGAGGCUGAAACCUAUGCUGACGCUACGGUCGAGGCUCGGGCCGAGGCUGCAAUGGAACGGCCAGACGAAACAGCACAAGGGCAGGAAAACGGACGGGCAGAAGGCUCGGUGUCAGAAGGAACCUCGGCAUCACGAGGUUCGGUGUUGGGAGCUUCGGUGCGAGCAGGUUUGGUGUCGGGAUGCUUGGUAUCCAGACCUGUAAUUGGCUCGAUGGAGCAACAAUACCUAUCCGACGCUGCUGCCACUGCUGCCACUCCUGGUGUGUGGGAUAACAGAGAGCACGGUGUGAGGGAUAAUGCAGAGCAGCCUUUAGCGAAAGAGACUCUAGCAGCCGAUUCUGUAACAAAAGAUGCUCUAACGAGUGAGACUCUAACGAAAGAAGGCCAUGAGCAAGUGAUGGUGGUUGGUGACUUGAAGGGGGUUCUGAGGCAGCUGAAUCACCAGGUGCAGCUGGUAGCAGACCCGCAGGGAGGGGGAGAGGAGACAGGCAUGGGAACGGGAGGGGGAAGUGGAGGAGGUUUGGGUGGUGAAGUGGGUUUGGCGAGCAGAGGAGGGUUUGUGACAGGGGCAGGUUUGGAAGGAGAGAUAUUGGAUGAUGAUAGGUUGGAUUCGGGGGGUCAAGAGCAGGUGAAUGCUCAGGUGAAUUCUCAGGUGAGUGCAGAGAAUUCUGGCCAGGAAGUUCCAGAGCCCUCUCAGGUGCAUGAGGAGGAUGCUCAGGUGAAUGCUCAGGUGAAUGCUCAGGCGGAUGCUCUGGUAGAAUUUGAGCACGAAUUAGAUGUGGAAGGGGAUGCUCAGGAGGAUCAGGAGCAUGGUAUACGGGGCCACGAUCAGCAGCAGCUGCAGCAGCAGCACCACCACCACCAUCUGCAGCACGCAUUGGCCUACAGUACCCACAUCCACCCAUACACUGCUCAAGCCCAUAUGCCAUACGCAUAUCUCCCCAACAGCCAUCCAGACUACCCUCCGUUACACCACCCUUCCCACCCGUUAUAUCACCACUCCCCCUCAGCGUCUGUUGGCUAUUCUCCUCACCAUCACCAUCACGCUACGUCAGUUCAGUUUCCUGAUCACCCCCCGCGUGUGUCCAUCGCUCCACAGGCCCCCCCUCCCUUCCUCCCUCCCCCUCUAUCAACCGCGUACCAACUCCCAACAGCAGCAGAGCCAGCAGGAGCAUACCAACCGAUGCACACAGCGCCAUCCCAGCUUGCACCCUCGUCAGAACACCAAAUCCCGUCUCCAUCGGCGUACCAGCAUGCUCCCUUAUCCGGCUAUCCAUCCGAUCUUGGCUAUCUUCAAGACCCAACCUCGCAUUACCUCUUGCCUCCUCCUCCAUCCAUCCCUCACCCUCACCACUCCACUAGUGCCCUUCCAUCCCUCCCACCUCAUGCAUCCCAAGACCAGUGGGGUGACAUUCCUGACCUUGGUGCACGAGGAGCAAUGGAAGGCGGGCGGGAGGAGUUGAAUGCGGUGGAAGGGGGUGGUAGGCCCGAGGAGGGGCAAAGCGAUGCAGAAGGGGGGAGAGGAGGAGAGGAGGAGGUGGAUGGGAAUUUGAGGGGUAGGAGAGUUCGGCAGAGGAGGGGGGAAGCAGAGGAGAUGCUCCAUGCACAAACAUUUGGGUAUUCCAUGGCAUACCAGGGUGACUAUCAUCAAAAUCAUCACCAUCAUCAUCAUCAUCAUCAUCAUCCAGAGAGCAGCCAUCACCACAACCCCCAUGCCCAUCCGUACUACAUGCAUCCGCACCAUCAUCAAACACACCCUCACGCCAUGGCCGAGACUUUCAUGUAUCCGCAUGUGCAGUUGCACGGCCCACAUGUAGCGGCACACAACAAUCCACACCAGCAUGUUCAUCAUACCACUGGACAUGGCAACAUGCCAAGCACUGCACACCGUCAUGCAUCAGAGACUGUACAUGGGCAUGCGCAUGACCCUAUAGAGGGGAUGGCUCGUUAUGAGCACCAUCAGCUACAGGAACACCUACUAGAUUCAACAAUCUAUGCCCACGAGGAGGCUGUUUCAGGGGUUGGUUUGGAGUUUGGAGGGAGUGGGGAGCGGUUACUGCAGUUCGGGGGCAACGGAGGAGGGGAUGAUGUCAUCGUAGCGAUAGACUCAGAUGAGGAAGAUGGGACGGUGCAAGUUGUGGAUGAAUAGAGAACGCGCCUCUGGAAAAUACCGGUAGCAACUGUUUUCUGCCAGUGUAUGGUGAAGGGUAGCCGCAACUUUGACUGUAGUGUUGUGUGCGCAUUCCGUGACAGAAUGGCAUAUGUACACGUUGAGUUGAGCUGCCCCUCGGCUCAGCACAAAACCCGACCGCUGAAUUCUUUGGAAAGGAAACUCUGUUGAGUUGUAUUGUAUGGCU